GGGUACAGUUGGUCCAAGGGUAUAAAACCAGCCCCGGGGAACUAAGAGACUCAGACUUCCACACCUCUUGGAAGGAUUAUCAGCUGUUGGAAGAGAUGCCCCAGUCUCUGCUGGCCCUGCUGUUCCUGCUCUCCUGCCCGUGGGCUGAUGCUGGUGCUCUGCAAGGUCAGAUUGUGGGGGGCCAUGAGGCUCGGCCCCACUCCCACCCUUACAUGGCAUACCUGAAGGUAGAGGACUCCGGAUGUGGAGGAUUCCUGGUGGCCCCUGACUGGGUGAUGACAGCCGCACACUGCUUGGGAAAUUCCACGGUCAUCCUGGGAGCUCACAACAUCGUCAAACCAGAAACGACCCAGCAGGUCCGAGGAGUCCUCAGAUACCACCCGCACCCUGAAUACGACCCGGAGACUUGUUCCAACGACAUCAUGCUGCUCAAGCUGACAGCAAAGGCCACUCUCAAUGACUACGUCAAGACUGUUCCACUGCCCAAGACCAGCAGCCACCUCCCCACGGGCACCAAGUGCGUCAUAGCUGGCUGGGGCCUGAUCGAUAAAGACCACUUCACCAACAAGCUCUUUGAAACCAAAGUCUCCAUCUACAGCCGCAGGAAAUGCACCAGCUUCUAUCCGCAUCUUGACAAUGGCAUGGUCUGUGCCGGCAGCUUCCACGAGCUCAGGGAUUCCAGCCAGGGAGAUUCCGGUGGGCCCCUGGUGUGUAAUAAGGUGGCACAAGGCAUCGUUUCCUUUGGGUACCACAACCCACCGGGGGUCUACACCCGCAUCGCCAACUACCUGCACUGGAUCAGAAAUACAAUGAAGAAGUAACAGCAGUAUCGCUCGCUCCAGCAUUGCUGUGGCCUUGGAGACAGCACCGAGUUCCUUUCUGCCCCUGCUGAAGGCUUGGCUUCCUCCUCUCUCCUUGGGAACCUGGGUGACCCCAUCAGUGGACGCAACGGUGUCCUUCCUUCUAUUCUGAGGCUGCUGCUGUCUCAUUCCCUGCCCAGCCCAGGCAGCCAGGUCAGGCUGAUAGAAGCAGGGAUCAUCCCAGAUCAUCAAACAGAAUCAGACAGUCAUGGAAUGGGUUGAGUUCCCAUCCAGUUCCAACCCCCUGCCAUGGACAGGGACACCUCCCACUGGAUCAGGGGCUCCAAGCCCCAUCCAACCUGGUCUUCAGCACCUCCAGGGAUGGAGCAGCCACCACUGCUCUGGGCGACAGUUUCAGGCACCAGAAAGAUGCUGUGCUUCAAUGAGCCCCGUUUCCUUCCAAGAUAUCUCUGUCCCUGCUUAAACCUCGCUGUACUUGAAACACACACAGUAAACUCAGAGCUGCAUUUCCCA